GCUCACGUGACCAGGGGCGUGCUGCGGCCGCCCGGGCGGACCCGGCGAGAGGCGGCGGCGGGAGCGGCGGUGAUGGACGGGUCCGGGGAGCAACCCAGAGGCGGGGGGCCCACCAGCUCUGAGCAGAUCAUGAAGACAGGGGCCCUUUUGCUUCAGGGUUUCAUCCAAGAUCGAGCAGGGCGAAUGGGGGGAGAGACACCCGAGCUGGCCCUGGAGCAGGUGCCCCAGGACGCGUCCACCAAGAAGCUGAGCGAGUGUCUCAAACGCAUCGGAGAUGAACUGGACAGUAACAUGGAGCUGCAGAGGAUGAUUGCAGCCGUGGACACAGACUCCCCCCGCGAGGUCUUUUUCCGGGUGGCAGCAGAGAUGUUUUCCGAUGGCAACUUCAACUGGGGCCGGGUUGUUGCCCUUUUCUACUUUGCCAGCAAACUGGUGCUCAAGGCCCUGUGUACCAAGGUGCCCGAGCUGAUCAGGACCAUCAUGGGCUGGACACUGGACUUCCUUCGAGAGCGACUGCUGGGCUGGAUCCAGGACCAGGGUGGUUGGGAUGGCCUCCUCUCCUACUUUGGGACACCCACGUGGCAGACAGUGACCAUCUUUGUGGCCGGAGUGCUGACUGCGUCACUCACCAUCUGGAAGAAGAUGGGCUGAGGCCACCA